CUCUCUUCUUUUUCUUUAGCCACUCUCCCUUUCUCUUUCCCUUUCUUUUUUAGUAUCCUUGCCUGCAAUCUCCAGACAUUCUUAACUGUGUUGUUGUCUGUCCUCUCCCUUCUCAUACAUCCCAUAAAAGCCAGCUUGGACUCGUCAAUGGCCACCGCCACCACCACCACCACCACCCUCAUCAUCAUCACCCAUUGCUCGCAGCUCCUCUCUCUUUUCCUCAGGGCAAGCCUAGAUUCUUGAGCUCCCCGCAACCCCAUCCACCUCGGUCCACUCGCUGCCUUGUUUCUAGCUACCACGCUUUCCUUUACAAAAGCAGCCAAAGGAAGAAUAUUAUUCCUUAAUUGAACUCUCGGAAUCACUUCAGCCCCCUUUGGCAUCUUUUGCUGCCUUCACUAUAUAACCCACCCGGCAUUCUCCUUCCAGACUUAUCGAUUCCCUCUGCUUUCAUGUGCCUGCUUCCUUCUCCCACACUCUCCCAGAAUCACAGUGCAACCCUGGAGUCUUCUUCUUCUUCAUGGAGACUAUUGAGCUGAAGGUGGACAUGGUGGCAUUGCAUGAGAAGAGAUUGAGGAAAUGCCUAUCCAAAGUCAAAGGGAUAGAGAGGGUUGAGGUGGAGGCCAGCAUCGAGAAGGUGGUGAUCACCGGGUAUGCAAACAGGAAUAAGGUCGUGAAGGCCCUCAGGAGAGUGGGGCUGCGAGCGGAGUUCUGGUCUGCGCAUAAUGAGAUACUCAGCACCUAUGCCACUGGAAGCGUCAUGUUCAACACCUACAGUUUCUUUUAGGGAGCCGCAAUGCAUACACAUCCUAACAACACUAUCAUAUCUUUGUUCAUUUGUUUCUUCUGCCUUUUCCUUUGUUUGAGAGGGGACCGGUGGCCAUGUUUCACUGCCACAAGCUCUGAGAAGAGUUAUCUGUGUUCAUCCUAAUAAUCCCCGUGUUUUCUGUAACUAAGAGGUGGU